AUGUCUGCCUGGUGGCUCUUCUUCCUUGUCUACUCCUUUGUGAUCUUCUCUGUCGAGGGCGACGGCAACAGCAACUCAGCGUCGAGCACUGCGGAGGUCCCGAGCCAAGGCACGUCGUGCCUGGCACGACCAUCGCAAAGGCCUGACUCCGCUGAGUUCUGCAAGACUCAGGAAAGUUCUUGGAACACUGCUGUCCCAUCACUCCAAGGACUUUGGCUUCCUUUGCAAGAUCCAUCGAGAGAUGACGAGCUCACAGGCAUCUGGGUGGCUUUGUGGCUUUUGCAAGAAAAUGCGCUCGCCGAGCGCCUGGUACUGCGACCUGUGUGGUCAGAGUUGGGAGAGCUGUGCAGUCCCUACGGCCAAGCAGGGUGGACAGAAAGCAGACCAGUGGAAUUCUUGGCAGACUGCGAACACUGCUUCGAGGACGAAGAGCCCAAGGCAGCGGAGACAGUCGUCAAGGAGGAAAAACAAAUGGAAAGAUUCGGCACAGCCAUCAAAUUCGCCUGCAGGGCAAUAUUGGCCUGGAAGUGCAACUCAAUGGCCUCAGAUGCAGCAGACGUCCUCUCCAAUGCCUCCUGGAUGGGAUCUCAAAGGGCUUGGAAAAGGAACUCCACAGAGCUUUCAGCAGCUUCCAAUGCCUGCACCAGCACCAUUGCCGCCGCUACCGCCUAUGAUGAGUGGUUAUCCGUCACCGCAAGGAGAGUGGACAUUGCCAAGAAGCGAGCAGAUGCUAUGAACAAGGACGAGGACAUCAGCCUCAUCACGGAAGACGAGAUGGAAGACUCAGAAGCCAGAGAAGAAGAAGAGAUUCCAAGAGACGAAAACGCACAGAAAAUCCAGGAAGGAUUGAACAAUGUAGUCUCCAGCCUCACGGAGCUCUCGGACUCAGCAGACAAACUGGAGCCGAAGCCCAAAAGACCUCGUACAAGGGACGACGAGAACCCAGGAGACUCAAAGGCUGGUGGGCGACAGCCCUCUUUGCAGCCUUUUCGCAAGGCCUUUCAGGGGAAAGGCGCUCCUGAACAGUUCCCGCAGGUGCUUUCUUCCUGGUCAGACCACGUCCAUAAUGAUGAGUUGCUCAACAUUGCCAUUGCGACCCCAGAAGUUCGCGUCCAAACGACGCACAAACAACAUCAUGCCGAUCUCGUCCUGAUUCAAGGUGAUCCUGAACGUAAAGGGGCUAUCAUCACUGUCUAUCCUCCAGGAGUUGAAGAACAUCUGAGCACCACUCUGGCAGUUUCCUUGCCUGAGCAUGUCAGUGGAAUGGACGUCAUUACUGGAGCGGAGGCACAAGAUCUUCUACUUUCGCAUGCCUGUGAUGUCUUUCAUGCCGGAUUUCAACUGCCGAUUGGGACAGUUCCAACUCAUUGGAUGGCAAAUGGACACACAUUUGUGGUUAUUUUUCAGGAUAUGCAGACGGAAACGAACAACGAGAUUGAGAGCGCCUUGCCAGCCUUGAGUUCUGAAACUAUUGACCAGGCUGAAACUCUUGAUGAAGAACCAAUUGAGAAUGAGAAUGAGCAAGAAGGAGGAGAAUCUGAACCACAUCAAGAAUCUUCCAGCAGUUUUGAUGAGGAAGCUUUACAAGGACUUUGGAUCCACCAAUUUCAUCAGCCUGCUCAUCACUGUUUUGUGAGAUGGACAACCUACAAUGUCAUCCUCUUUGACGCGUUACAGUCGGUUGGACUCCAUCGUGAUCUUGCUGUUGGUUUUCAUUAUGUUCAGGCGCCGCUAGUCGAUCAACAUGAAGCAGAAGAAUCCAUCAUCAUUCAACGGGUUGGAGACAUUGAAGGUGGAUCGCCGGCAAAGCUGGUCAUUGUAGAUCUCACUUUUGCUGGUCAACUUCAAGGAUCUCCCACAUAUCAUAGACGAGUUCAAGUUUUCCCGAGGCAUCUCAGUAGAACUGGAGUCCUUCAGGAACUGAACUUGGCAGACCCUUGCGUCAUUGAGGCAGAUCGGUGCACACUACAUCUCAACAAUGCACUGUGGGCAAAAGAGGAUGCAGCUCCGCGUGAACUUGCUCAUGGUGCAUAUUUGAGACUUGAGGUAAGGCUGCGCAAUGACGAGCAAGAGGUCAAGGUACAAUCUGCUACAUAG